GCUGGGGGCGCUGUUGACUGUGGAGUGCAGCACAGACGCCAUCUUGAGGAGACCCCAGUGACUGACAACAACUGGAGACAACAUCAUGAUGGGGUUACCGAUGUCCAACUAAAGCAACAUCACGUCACUUUGAGGGCUGCGGACGAAGGCGAAGCAGAGUAGCUGUUGGCCGAGUGUUUGAGGCCGAGGCUGGUUGUUCCCACGCCGCUGCCUGGAGCUCCAUGGCCGGCUGAAGGCUCGUCUCCCGCGGCCUGCUCUGCUCCGGAGGAGGAAGGGUGGUGACGGCGCAAAAUGCUCCACCGCUGACCAACAGCACAGUUUACCCUCAUCCAGAGACUCAGCGGGCUGGACAACGAGCAGGAUGCACUUAUAGACGUUUAAAGCUCUUAAUUUCACACGUUUCUAUAGUAAAAGCUUUGAACGACAGCGAUAGUCGCGCGGAGCUGAAUUCAUCCGGAGACAUGUCAUCCAACUGCACCAGCGCUGCGCCCGUCAGCGCCAGCAAAACCAAGACUAAAAAGAAGCAUUUUAUAGGACAGAAAGUCAAACUAUUCCGUGCAAGCGAGCCUAUUCUCAGCGUUUUAAUGUGGGGAGUCAACCACACGAUCAAUGAGCUAAGUAAUGUGCCUGUACCAGUAAUGUUGAUGCCAGAUGACUUUAAAGCCUACAGUAAGAUCAAAGUGGACAACCACCUAUUUAACAAAGAAAAUCUGCCUAGUCGCUUUAAGUUCAAAGAGUACUGCCCCAUGGUAUUCAGAAACCUGAGGGAGCGCUUCAGCAUUGAUGACCAGGACUACCAGAACUCUCUAACACGGAGUGCCCCCCUGAACAGCGACUCACAGGGGCGCUUUGGGAAUCGCUUCCUGUCAAGCUACGAUCAUCGUUUUGUCAUCAAAACUGUGUCGAGCGAGGACAUCGCCGAGAUGCACAACAUCCUCAAAAAAUACCACCAGUUCAUUGUGGAGUGUCAUGGCAACACGCUGCUCCCUCAGUUCUUGGGCAUGUACCGGCUCACAGUGGACGGAGUGGAGACUUACAUGGUGGUCACCAGGAAUGUAUUCAGCCAUCGCCUCACCGUGCACCGCAAAUAUGACCUCAAGGGAUCCACAGUCUCAAGGGAAGCCAGUGACAAGGAGAAGGCUAAAGAACUCCCCACUUUUAAAGACAACGACUUCUUGAAUGAAGGCCAUAAGCUGCAAAUAGGAGACGACAAUAAGAAGUUAUUUUUGGACAAGUUAAAACGUGACGUUGAGUUCUUGGCCACACUAAAGAUCAUGGACUAUAGUCUGCUGGUGGGCAUACAUGACGUGGAGCGGGCAGAGCAGGAGGAGAUGGAUGUGGAGGCAGGGGGGGAGGAGGAGGAGUAUGAGGCAGACGGAAUGGGGGGCGGAGCUCUGACCGGCUCAUUCGGGACGCCUCCAGACAGCCCUGGGAACCCUCUGAACUGUGGGGGAUUCUUUGGCCCCGGAGAGUUCGACCCCUCCGUGGACGUUUACGCAAUCAAGAGCCAGGACGGAGCUGUGAAAAAGGAGGUGUACUUCAUGGCCAUCAUCGACAUCCUCACGCACUAUGACGCAAAGAAAAAAGCUGCACAUGCUGCCAAAACUGUGAAACAUGGGGCGGGGGCAGAAAUCUCGACAGUGAAUCCGGAGCAGUACUCCAAGCGAUUCUACGAAUUCAUGUCCAACAUCCUGUCAUAGACUCAUGUCCCAGUCCAGCUCCUGUCGCUUACCACGCACUUAUUUCUUCUCCUCCUCAAUAAUUUGUCCUUGUCCCUAACUUUGUUCCCCUUUAAACAAAAAAUGAUGAACUACAAUCCUACCCCAGGAAGGAUGUGCAAAAGGCUGUUACAAGUCCCAUUUACAAAAACAAUGACUUUAAGAAAACUGAUUAUCCUUUUUUGGUGAAAUUGGUCGUAUUUUGCCACGUCGUUCCUCCUCACGCCAGCACAGGAUCCUUGUCACGAAUGCCUUGAAUGAGCGCGUCAGUUGUAGAGGUUCACAGUUUAUUAGUACAAGUCUCCUCAAUAGGUUGCGUUCAUGUGCAAGAAUUUAAAUGUUAUAAUUUCAAAAGGAGGGAAGAAGCCUAUGUAAUCCUAUGGUUGAUUCACUAUUUUUUGAAAAAUGUGAUUUGUUUGGUAUUGACUAAAAGUUGGCAUAUUAAUCUUAUGGUUUAAAAUUCAACUGACGACAGUCGUGUCCUUUGGUUUGAAUAAUGGCAACACUUUCUGAAGCCAUUGGGGAAAGAAUACUUCAGAGCACUUCAUCUGAGAUGUUGAACUUGGUUACAGUAUUUGUUUCAUGUGAAUAGGUUCAGUAAUUACAGAGAUAUUAACCAGGUCAACAAAUCUGCAGUCUGACAGUGAAACUGACCGGUCCUCCGGCUCAUUUAUAAACUAUAGGCAUUUCAGAAUGUUGUGAUGUGACAUGAACGCAACCUAUUUAUGUUCAUGUUGUUGUCGUUUUCAUUUCUCUGUUAGAUACAAACACAAUGUAAACUUUCACAGAAUGGUCAGAUUGCAUGACACUUUUGACAUGCCAAACAUCAAUCUUGUCUCUCUCUCACUCAACUAAAACAGUAAAUUGGAAAAACAGGGAAUCACACCUUAAUGUAUGUAUAAGUAACUGAAUGCAAUAUCAAAAAUGCAUGGCAAUGACGUGUACAUGAGACUCCACCACCCGUUGGAAACAUCAAAACCACUGACGAUAGUGAGUGUUAUGACUAAAACGGACUAAAAAAGGAAAAAAAAAAUUGGUGUUUUGAAUGUUACGUUGCCAUAUUGUUUUUGAAUAUUUUUUGAAAUUUUAACCGUGAGCUUGGUGGAGGUCGGUCUUACGUGGAAACUUCACACAAAAAGGGGAAAAUCUACAACAAAUACUUGUUUUAUUACCAUAAGAAUCAUUUUUAUAUCUUGUUUACAUUAAUGUAGCAAUUUUGUGUUUGUAUACAGUAUUGUUUUGUUACCAAGAGACUUUAGAAAAAAAGGUUACUUGAAAAUGGUUCAUUGCAUAUUAAAGGGAGUUUUAUCUUG